AUGGCAAGCGGUCGUGAAGCAACCUCAGCCAACUGCUUUGUAGCCGUUGACGCCGGCAAGCAUCGACGAUACGAACGACGCCUACUUGAAAAGGAGCUAAAUCCGCUCGUUUCCUUCAGAAUGAGUCACGCCGUCGGAACCUUCAUUGCCAUCUUCUUCCUUAUCCUCAUCCUCACAUACAUCAUUUACAUAGUUUGUUAUCACGUCGCCGCUUCCCCUCCCCUUCUGCCCGAACGCAACGUCGACACUGCCACGAUCAGUAGAAGACCUGAGCUCACCUACGCCGAAGCCAUCAGUCAGGAUCCACGGGCGGUCGGCGCUACUUGCUGCUCGAUUUGCCUUGUCGACUAUGAGGAGGAGGAGGAGGCCGAGGCUUUGCGGCUUUUGCCGGAAUGUGGGCAUCUAUUCCAUGCAACCUGUGUGGAUCCUUGGCUGCUCCGGCGACCGACUUGUCCGUUGUGCCGAUCGUUGGUGGUGUUUGAGUUCAUGCAGACACCUUUGGCCGAGGCGUAG